ACACACAUUAAACUCAGACACGAGGCAAUCUAUUAUAUUAAUUAAUACUGCCUAACCUUUGUAAUUGCACGUCACCGAUUUCCAAGUAUACUCUGCAGUCUGCGUGCAAACUUGUAAACGGAAAGCGAAUCAUCAGAGUCGUUGGUAUUGUUAUAUGUAUUAACGUAAAUGAAACUGGUUGUUCUCUGAAUCAUGCAGAUAAUAUUAGGUGGCAAGAUACACUAUAUAGUUACCUACCACUCGUCCUAUGUUUGCUUUUGAAUAAAUGUGCAGCUAAGAUGAACAGCAGCGUGCAUUUUCAGGCUUAUAAUCCCUGAAACAGCAUCUCUCCUCCUCAUAUGAAUAAAAACUGUACUCAAAUACAUAGUGUGCUAAAAAUAAUUAUUGUUUGUGUCAUUCCUAAUAAAUAACUGAAGGCAAAAGAACACCAUGGACAAUCCCCCCGUAGAAUCUCCAGAUGAGGGAAUAGAAAAGGAAGAAGACAAGAAACGCCAAGAAAAUGUAAUAACCAAUCAAGCUCAAGUUAAAUCUAUUAAUGGUGAUACUUCAUACACGCCCCCAAUAUUGCCCCACACCAGCAGUGGAAACACGAACGACUGGACUUGCUGUCUAUGGCUAUCUUGUGAUCAUCAUCAUCAUCACCAUCACCACCACCAUGAUCGCAAUUCCGGAAAUGGGGAUUGUUCCUGUUGUUGCUGCGAGUCCGAGGACUGUGACUGCGACUGUUGUGGGGACUGUGACUGUUGUGGGGACUGUGACUGUGACUGUUGUGGGGACUGCGACUGUGGAGACUGUGAUUGUGGUGGAUGUGACUGUUAACGAUAUGAAUAACUUAAGGCUACAAUUACUAUAUUCCGAACGGAAAUAACUAACUGCCAUCCAAAUGUUUUAUAUAUUUUUUUAAACAGUAAUAUUGACAUAAUAUAAACAGUAUUAUUGGGAUAAACUAACUACAUACAUAAAUGACAAUAUUCAAUAAAAUGAAAUAUAUGAAUUUUAUAACUAA